AUGACUGCAACAAACGGCGGAGAGGUCUCCAAGACCAAUGGCCACACCAAGGCCAAGCAGAUGCAGGCGUGGAAAGGCCUUUCCCAAUGCCUGCCCGCCCGAGACGCAGAUACAGAGUAUUGGUGGCAGCUCACUGGGCGUCAGCUGGCUACUCUCCUAGAUGCAGCUGGCUACUCUGUGGAGAGGCAGUAUGAGGUCCUCGUGUUCCACCACCAGUGGGUUGUUCCAUACUUGGGCCCUGCACCAACUCCAGGCAACUUCAAGCCGAAGUGGAGAUCACUGAUCACUCUUGAUGGAUCGCCAAUUGAGUGCUCAUGGAAAUGGAACAUGGCAUCCAAGGAUCCAGAGAUUCGGUAUAUUGCCGAACCGAUUGGAGAGUAUGCGGGCACAGCUCUUGACCCGCUCAACCAGCUGGCCACGCGGGAAAUGAUGCACCGCCUGACAACGGCCCUUCCAGGGAUCGACAUCAGCCUCUUUGACCACUUCAUGAGCGAUCUGUACGACCACGACAACACCAAGUACUCCCAGGAGGUUGCGGCAGGCGCCAAAAUGAAGACUAGUGUACACAUCGGCUUCGAGUUCCUCAAGGACCGCGUGGCAACCAAGUCCUACUUUGUGCCGCGAAAACUGGGCCAGACCAGUCUCAUGUCGGUGCCAGACUACGCCAAGGCGAUCAGCGCUGUGCAGCCAGGUGAUAAUGCGGCGCUGAAGAUGAUGCUCGACUUCAUCGACACCCACCCAGAGGGCAAGCUGCUGACAUUCUACUCGGUGGCCGUUGACAACGAGCCGCUGGACUUGACGCGCAUCAAGUGGUACUGCCAAACGCCACACACGUCUUUCGAGUCAGUGCGUGCUAUCAUGACGCUGGGUGGGCGCAUCGCCCUCCCACACCUCGAGGGCUGCCUGGCCGAGCUGCGCGAGCUCGUCAACGCCGCUGCCUGCGUGCCGGCCGACUAUCCCGAGGACCGCGAGCUCGAGGCCGAGCGAUGGCACGCCGAGGAGCAGGCGCGCCAGUUCGACGAGCUCGCCAAGUACCUGUCGGGCUUCGUCUACCACUUCGAUAUCGCGCCAAACAAGCCCCACCCGGAGAUCAAGGUAUACGUGCCCACUCGCCACUACGGUGGCACAGACGCCACCAUCGGCCGUAACCUCGUCGCAUGGAUGGAGAAGCGCGGUCGCGGGGACUUUGGGGAGCGCUACUUGCAAGCUCUGGAGGAGCUGACGCCUCACGGCCAUGCGGGUGCCGGAAAGGGUACGCAGACCUUUGUGAGCUGCUUGUUCAAGAAGAAUGGAGAUCUUGACAUCACUUCGUACCUUGCACCGCAGGCGUUCAAUGAGAAGCGCAUGGGAUCGUCGUCACCGCGUAGGGGUCUACGUCGACGAGGGGACUAUUAG